AUGGCAUACGCGGAUGCGUAUGACUUGAUGGACAUGACGGAAAGGAUGCUGUCGAAUUUGGUUGUGCAGAUUGCUGGUGAACGGGUAAUCAAGUAUCAUCCCGACGGACAGGAAGGUGGUGAAGAGUUGGUGUUGGACUUUACCCCACCGUUCAGGAGGCUUGAUGUGAUAGGCUGUUUGGAGAAAACCUUGGGAGUCAAGUUUCCUCUUUCAGAAGAAUGGUGCACAAAGGCGGCAAACCAGUUUUUGGAAAAUGUUUGUGAUGAACAUGAGAUCAAAUGUAGUCCGCCGAGGACCAGCUCCAGGCUACUGGAUAAGAUAAUGUGCCCACUUGCCAAGCAUCAUCGUGAUAAGCCAGGUCUCUCUGAAAGAUUUGAGUUAUUCGUAGCAUCCCACGAGUUAAUAAACGCCUAUACUGAAUUAAAUGACCCAUUCGAUCAGCGCGAAAGAUUCAAGGAGCAAGCGCAAAACAGGGACAAAGGUGAUCAGGAAGCUCAAUUGAUAGACGAGGCAUUCUGCACAAGCUUGGAAUACGGAUUACCGCCCACGUGA